AUGCCUCUCGAACAAGAAAUUGGUGAUGUUGAAGGUAUUCAUAAAUCUUUGAUUGAGUCACUUAUGGAUGAAGAAAUUAUUCAAGGAGUAAUGGAUGUACCAACUGAUGACGAGCAACAUCCAGAUGAUAGUUCUUCCAUGGCUACUGAAGAUGCGACAGCUUAUUGGACGGACUACAAUGUUAUAGAGAAUGAAUGGAGUCUGAAAAAGGUAGGAGUUUACUGCUCCCAGUUCCCUGAAUAUGCAUAUAAGCCUUUGGAAUGGCGCAGCAAAUAUUGUUGGACCGCCUUCUGUGGACCGGAGAUUCCUAAGCCACAAUCAAGAUGUGGACUCUGCUUAAAAGUGACCAACACUGCCAAUGGAAAAAGCGUGAUGGUGAGAGUGCUGGAUACAUGCACCAGGCCAUGUUUGGAUUUGGACUAUCCAGCGUUUUCUGAGAUCAUGGAUAACAAAGGCAGGCAAGACUGGCAUCUUACAGUGAACUAUGAAUUUGUGGAUUGUGGUGAUGAUCCUACAGUUCGUCUCCAUCAUGAAAUCUAA